GCUAAGAAAUUCCAGCUUGAGGCAGAAACACGUUGCUUGGAAGGUGCCGGCACUCGGCCAGUCUCUGGGAAUAGGAAGUGCGGGGGAGGGAGCCUGCUGCUCACCUAUCGCGGUGUUUCCUUUUUUCUCACUCCCGGGGGAGCUCUCGCGAGAGAAGGCAGAGGAAGAUGGCUGUGCCCUGUUUUUCGGGGUGAGGCAGUGGUGGCUAUUGGAGCGGCACGGGCCGGGAUCGUAGUGUCGUGGGUACCUUAGCACUAGCUCCCCCCAGCGAGCGCGCGUUCCUUCGUACCUAGGUGAGAGCUGGCUCUUUUUCCUCCGGGAGAUGCGUUUGUCCCGAGCUCGGGGGCUCUGUGGGAGUUCAUGCUACGCUGGAGGCUCCUGGCCACCGCUCUAAUCGCUCUGUGCCGCUGCAGCGCCUACUCCGUCGCCGGCGGUGAGCCCCCCGGACCCCCUUUCUGCCCCUGGCGGCGAUGACUGGAGAGAAGAUCCGCUCACUGCGGAGGGACCACAAGCCCAGCAAAGAAGAGGGGGAUUUACUGGAGACUGGGGAUGAGGAAGCGGCGGCUGCCCUCGGUUCUACCUUUACUGGAGGCAGGAUCGGCACAAGUGGCAGCGGCAAGGGCGGCAAAGCAUGUCACAAGAUCUUCAGUAACCAUCACCAUCGGCUCCAACUGAAGACAGCUCCGGCCUCCUCCAAUCCACCCGGCGCGCCAGCGCUGCCGCUGCAUAAUUCCUCUGGAACCACCACCUCCCAGUCCCAGACUCUUCUAGCGGGCACCAACCCCAUUGCCGUCGCCGCGGAUGGAGGCAUUUGCCCCGCACACUACCCAGUGCACGAGUGCGUCUUCAAGGGGGAUGUAAGGAGACUGUCCUCUCUCAUCCGCACGCACAAUAUCGGGCAGAAAGAUAAUCACGGAAAUACUCCUUUACAUCUUGCUGUGAUGUUAGGAAAUAAAGAAUGUGCCCAUUUACUUUUGGCUCACAAUGCUCCAGUAAAGGUGAAAAAUGCUCAGGGAUGGAGCCCGCUGGCAGAAGCCAUCAGCUAUGGAGAUAGACAGAUGAUUACAGCUCUUUUAAGGAAGCUUAAGCAGCAAUCCAGGGAAAGUGUUGAAGAAAAACGACCUCGAUUAUUAAAAGCUCUGAAAGAGCUAGGUGACUUUUAUCUAGAACUUCACUGGGAUUUUCAAAGCUGGGUGCCUUUACUUUCCCGAAUUCUGCCUUCUGAUGCUUGUAAAAUAUACAAACAAGGUAUCAAUAUCAGGCUUGACACUACUCUCAUAGACUUUACUGACAUGAAGUGCCAACGAGGGGAUUUAAGCUUCAUUUUCAAUGGGGAUGCAGCACCCUCUGAAUCUUUUGUAGUAUUAGACAAUGAACAAAAAGUUUAUCAGCGAAUACACCAUGAGGAAUCAGAGAUGGAAACAGAAGAAGAGGUUGACAUUUUAAUGAGUAGUGAUAUUUACUCUGCAACUCUAUCAACCAAAUCAAUUUCUUUCACACGUGCCCAGACAGGAUGGCUUUUUCGGGAAGAUAAAACAGAAAGAGUAGGAAACUUUUUGGCCGACUUUUAUCUGGUAAAUGGACUUGUUUUAGAAUCAAGAAAAAGAAGAGAGCAUCUCAGUGAAGAAGAUAUUCUUCGAAAUAAGGCCAUUAUGGAGAGCUUGAGUAAAGGUGGAAACAUAAUGGAACAGAAUUUUGAGCCGGUUCGAAGACAGUCCCUUACUCCUCCGCCUCAGAACACCAUUACAUGGGAAGAAUAUAUAUCUGCUGAAAAUGGAAAAGCUCCUCAUCUUGGUAGAGAACUGGUAUGCAAAGAAAGUAAGAAAACAUUUAAAGCCACGAUAGCCAUGAGCCAGGAAUUUCCCCUGGGAAUUCAAUCAAUAUUGAAUGUUUUGGAAGUAGUAGCUCCCUUCAAGCACUUUAACAAGCUUAGAGAAUUUGUUCAGAUGAAGCUUCCUCCAGGCUUUCCUGUAAAACUAGAUAUACCUGUGUUUCCUACGAUCACAGCCACUGUGACUUUUCAGGAGUUUCGAUAUGAUGAAUUUGAUGGCUCCAUCUUUACUAUACCUGAUGACUACAAGGAAGACCCGAGCCGUUUUCCUGAUCUUUAACUGACGUGGAAAAUGAUGCCACCUAACCAAGGAAAGCAAGAGAACGCAGACCUCACAAGUGAAGCAGAGUGGAAGGGACACAUACUUUCAGUGAAGAAAAGGGAAUUACAGGAAUUGACACAUCAGUAAUACGAUAUGAAAUGGGCCUCUAAGAAGAAUCUCAGCUAGUUUCCUGAUGUGCCAUUUUCAGUCUUUUUAAAAAUAUACAUAUUAUAGUGUAAUAGUUUGACACCUUAAUGACCCUAAGUACUUCUUAUGUAAAACAGCUAUGAGUGCUGUGAUUUGUUUUUAAAAUUUUUACACUUCUUGUUGAAAUAUAUAUGCAUAUAAAUAUAUCUAUAGUUAUAUCUAAAACACUCCUGGACCAUUAACAUAAAUGUCUUAAGAGAUAUGGAGUCCUUUUACACUUGUCAUCUUAUAUUCAAGGUGACAUUUAUAAAUAUUCCUUCAAACUUUGUUUUCAUAAAAUGUAAACUAUGUAACUUUAUGUAUAGUUCAGUAAUUUGAAUGUUUGUUCAAUAUAAUGAACUAGAAAGGAAUGCAAUUUUCUGUAGAUGAAUGAACCAAAUGGUACCCAUUAAACAAUUGCAUUUAUAUGUUGCAAUACAUUUCAGAAGGAGCGUUCACUCUGCAGGGAAUAAGGUACCUCCUUUAGCACCUUAGUGCAAUUCAUUGUGGUGCUAUUUGUUUUUACCUGAAUUCUUUCUUCAAUGGAAAAUGUUUGUUACUAAUCUUCCUUUCAUAGAACUUCUAUUUUUUUUUUUCUAAACUUGAGUUUUAAAGUCUUUUUUUGUGUUCAUAAUAGGGUAUGGUCAGCAUGCUUAAAGAUAGUCCUCUUCCAAAUCUCAGCACUUUAAAAGAAUUCCAAAAUUUUAAACUUGUUCCUAAUAAGUACAUAUCAUUCUGAUUGUUUUGUUUGUUUUUAGUGGAAUAAGGAUGCGUGUCAGUUUUAAGCAACAACCCACAUUUUGGACAUCCCUACAUAUUUAAUGCUUUCAAAGUUAGGUAAAAACAUUUUUAUAUGCUAACAAAAUUAUAUUUGUUAUAAGUUAAAUUCCAGAAAUGUACACAAGAUUGAUAAUUCCUGUUUAUUUUUUUAGUCACAAAAUAUUUAUUGGUUUUAAUUAUCUUCAAAGUGUUAAAAUCAUGCAUUACUCAUUUUGCACUUAAAAUUUUUCAUGUUUGUUCCAAGAUGGUUUAAUGGUCCAAGAAUGAAAAUAAAUUAGGGAGAAUAAUGUAUAACAGUCAUAAUAUGUUAUGUUGUAUUAAAGAAGUUAGCUAAAGAGAUGAUUUUAAAAUGUAUCCUGAUAAACAUGUCAGAAUGUAUUUGUCAGGUUUUUUAGAGUGACCAGUAGUUUAAACUUUUUCCAGGAUUUUAAAUAAUUUGAAUGAAUUUAGAAACCUUUAUUGAAAAGAUGAUUAUUUACAAAUCCAAAGCAUCAAUCAUAAGAUUUUUAUAAUAAACAUCUUUAAAGCUGCAUCCUCCAUGCUGAUAACAUAUUACAUUGCAUAUUUUGACAUUGUAUUAAAUAUAUUUUAUAAUGAAGAAAAAUAAUCAUAGUUAAAAAUUCAAAGACCAAUUACUUACUACCUGAUGUGGGUCUGUUGAGUUUUGUGGAAAGAGUUGGUAAACCCAGACUAGGUUUAUUGAGUACAAAUUGAUCCCAAUUAUUUUGGGAAUGCUUACAGAUCAAGUGACUUAGAGAUUGAAUUGCCCUGUCAUUUAUUAUGUGAGGUUUGAGACACUGAACGGCAGUCAUCACUGUCGCUUCUAGGCUUUCUUUGUGAGAAUAUGAUAUACUUUCAGGAAUAAACUAUAGGUUUUUUAAAAUUAGUGCAGACAACUUAGUGGGAAGAAAAAAAAAACAUGGUAAAUUGCAACUUGGAAUUUGUCAAUGUCCUGAAAGCUGUGAAUAUUUUGCUGGGGUACACUGGAGAUAGGAAAACUACUGAAAACUUUUGCACUUCAAUUUUGUUUUUAACUCUUAUCUUUUUCUUUCAUAAAGAAUAGUAUAAAGAGAUGAUCCAUUCCAAAUGUCUUUUAUUUCAUCAUAAAGGACAAGCAAAUGUCAGUAUCUCUUAUGAUGGUCAAAACAAGGAAGUUAUUAAUGCAAAUAAACUUUUCACAUUAGACUUUU